AUGUUCCCCUGGGGGCUGAGCUGUCUGUCGGUGCUUGGGGCGGCGGGCACCGCUCUCCUGUGCGCUGGUCUGCUGCUCAGCCUGGCCCAGCACCUCUGGACCCUCCGCUGGACGCUGAGCCGGGACCGGACCUGCGCUCUGCCCCUGCCCAAGGGCUCCAUGGGCUGGCCGUUCUUCGGCGAAACGCUGCACUGGUUAGUUCAGGGCUCGCGCUUCCACAGCUCCCGCCGGGAGCGCUACGGGACCGUAUUCAAGACGCACCUGCUGGGCAGGCCGGUGAUCCGCGUGAGUGGCGCCGAGAAUGUGCGCACCAUCCUGCUGGGCGAGCACCGCCUGGUGCGCAGCCAGUGGCCGCAGAGCGCGCAUAUCUUGCUGGGCUCGCACACACUUCUCGGCGCGGUUGGCGAGCCGCACCGGAGGCGGCGCAAGGUCCUCGCGCGAGUGUUCAGCCGCGCGGCGUUGGAGCGCUACGUGCCGCGCCUGCAGGGGGCGCUGCGGCGCGAGGUGCGCUCUUGGUGCGCGGCCCGCGAGCCUGUUGCUGUCUACCAGGCAUCCAAGGCGCUCACCUUCCGCAUGGCCGCGCGCAUCCUACUGGGGCUGCGUCUGGACGAGGCGCAGUGCGCGGAGCUGGCCCGGACCUUCGAGCAGCUGGUGGAGAACCUCUUCUCGUUGCCCCUGGAUGUGCCCUUCAGCGGUUUGCGCAAGGGCAUCCGGGCUCGGGACCAGCUGCAUCAGCACCUGGAGGAGGCCAUUGCAGAGAAACUUCGUGAGGACAGAGCUGAGGAGCCAGGUGAUGCCCUAGACCUGAUCAUCCACAGCGCCAGAGAACUUGGCCAUGAGCUCUCAGUGCAGGAACUGAAGGAGUCGGCUGUGGAGCUACUCUUCGCCGCCUUCUUCACCACGGCCAGUGCCAGCACGUCCCUCAUCCUGCUGCUACUGCAGCACCCGACAGCCAUCGUCAAGAUCCGGCAGGAGCUGGGGGCUCAGGGGCUAGAGCGCGCGUGCAGCUGUGCGCCCGGGGCCGCAAGGGGCGGCUCAGGGCUCCGGCCCGACUGCGGCUGCGAGCCAGACCUCAGCCUCGCGGCUCUGGGCCGUCUGCGCUACAUCGACUGCGUGGUCAAGGAGGUGCUGCGCCUCCUGCCGCCGGUGUCCGGGGGCUACCGCACAGCACUGCGCACCUUCGAGCUCGACGGCUACCAGAUCCCCAAGGGCUGGAGCGUGAUGUAUAGCAUCCGGGACACGCACGAGACCGCCGCGGUGUACCGUAGCCCGCCCGAAGGCUUCGACCCCGAGCGGUUCCGCGCGGCGCGCGAUGAUGCGCGAGGAUCCGCGGGCCGCUUCCAUUACAUCCCAUUCGGCGGCGGUGCGCGUAGCUGCCUCGGCCAGGAGCUGGCGCAGGCGAUGCUCCAGCUGCUCACAGCGGAGCUGGUGCGCACAGCGCGCUGGGAGCUGGCCACACCCGCCUUCCCCGCUAUGCAAACCGUGCCCAUUUUGCACCCGGUGGAUGGGCUGCAGCUCUUUUUCCACCCGCUCGCGCCUUCGGCCGCGGGGGAUGGGCUACGUCUCUGA